AUGGCUGCCAACGAUCAUGCAACAUACACACCCCUAUACUCUCUACCUAAUGAAAUCCUCGUCCAAAUCCUAAAUUCCUUCACAACUCGAGCCCUACUUCCGCUCGCCAGCGUAUCGCAACGACUACAUGCCGUCGUCCUUCGCAUUCUUCACUACAGACUCCUCCACGUGUCUUCACUGAAAGACUAUGAAUUGCUAUUUGAAUGUUUCCAUCCAAUCUCAAAACUGACGGAUCCGCAUUUCUUCUGUACCUAUCUCGGCACUCCAGGCCUAAACGACAAAUACGAAGGCAACGGGUCACUGUACGAGGAUUGCAAGGCAUCAGAAUGUCUGGGAAAGCUGUCCAACGUCUACUCCUGCUUUCGACCGGAGAUUGAUGCCACAGAAUGGGAGAAUGAUUACAUGAGUAUCUACGAUUCAGAUCACAACUCUGAUACCGACGGACACGAGACGGAGAAGACACGUACACUUGUCAAGAAGCAAGUCACGCUGGAAGACUUUGAGGACUUUUCGCAAUUGUGCUCAAUUGUGAAUCUGGUUAAGAUCAUGCCGAAUAGUAGGAUGCUUCUGAGUGCUGUGACGGUUCAGGAUGGGAUUAUUCGUGUAUGGAGGGAUUGGUUGAAACGGCAGUCGAAGAAGGAGUAUGACAGCGAUAUACAUACACAACUCAAGCAGCAUCUUGAUGAAGAGGAUGGUGUUCUUUGGGUGAAUAAUAAUAAGACUGUAGGUCUGAAAUUGCGUGUCAAGGAGAAGAAGUGGAAUGGACCGAUGCUUCCAGUGUUGAUCCAUCAAGAUGAGGAGGGGGAAGUUAAUUACGAGGUUGUAAUUGAAGAAUUGAGGAUCCGUACGACACGGCUACUUCUCACAGUCGAGAAGUCAAUGGCAGAACAGCAAGUAUGUCCGAACGCUGUUAUUAUUGGAGCAAGGAAUAUGUUUCCGCCUGCAUGA